AUGUUUCGGAUCCGACAUGGGAUCCGAUCGGAUCCGAGACCGUCGGAAUCCAAUGCGAUUCCGUCACCCGGAUUUCAUCGGAUCCGUCGAAUUCCUGUAGGAUCUGAUAAAAUCCUAUAUGGGAUCCGAGUAUGGGAUUGUUCGACCUGGGAUGAAGUUUUAUCAAACAAUGAAGAUUAUUUUCGACGAACGUUGAAUAUCGAACAAGUGGACAUCCGUUUGAUUGAUGAAAAUGAAAUUGAAGCAGCGAGUAUUCCCAAUCUGGAAGAGAUUUUACCUGGAAAGCCAUUGAUUCAUUUUCGACAUGAACCAAUGAUUUCCAUUCGUUUGAUUAAUCGACAACCUUAUUCUGGUCAUUUUGAAUGGACUAUUCCGGUGAUCAAUGGUGAUACCGUGGAGAAAUUGGAGCAACGCUUACGACGUCAUGCUGAUCGAACUUUACGGUUCAGCAAAACGAUUCGUUUGUUUUAUUUUCGAAUUUGGCAAUUUCAUUCGAGAAAAUUACCAAGCAUGGACACACCCUUAGAAGAUUUGGUGGAAUUAACCAAUAAACAACAAGUUUUACAAGUGGAUCUGAAGUAUGAAACAGUCGUUUCAGAGCAACAAGAUAUUGGCAACGCUUUAGUUUAUUUCGUUGAAUAA